CACCGAUGGUGUUUAUGGCACAUAAUGAAGAAGCUUCCGGAGAAGUUGGGUGGGUUUACCCAUAAAGAUGAAAUUAUGGCCGGUAUACAUGAUGCAGUAUAUGACUCUCAAUUCCCUGUUGACUUUGAAGUUGGUUGGAAUUCACAUUUGGAAAGGUAUUCACUUCAAGAUGAUGAAUGGCUUAAGGUCAUGUUUGAAGAACGCCAAAGGUGGGUACCUUGUUACUUGAAAACUUCAUUCUGGGCAGGUAUGUCCACAACUCAACGAAGUGAGAGCAUCAACGCUUUCUUCGACCUUUUUGUGCAUUCUAAAACAAGUCUAAAACAAUUCGUGGAGCAAUAUGGUUGUGCCUUAAAAUUUAAGGCUGAAAAAGAGUUUCAAGCGGACGCUGAGUCAUUUUCAAAAUUGGUACCGUGUGUUUCGAAAUUUCCUAUGGAGAAACAAAUGCAAGGUAUAUACACAAUGGCGAAGUUCAAGGAGUUUCGAGAUGAAGUGGUUGGCAAGCUUUAUUGUGACAUCAUUCAAUGGGAUGGCGGUAAAAUUUAUCAUGUCAAAGAAGAAGUUAAAAUAACAGAGGACUUUUACAAGACUGUUUACUUCAUAGUGGAAUAUGAUUCUGGCUUGUGUGAAUGCAAAUGUAGUUGUCAUUUGUUUGAAUUUAGAGGC